UGUAUAUCACAUUUAACCAAAUUAUGUAUAGUACAAUUCAGUAUUUCAUCACAUUUUGCAGGCAUCUGAAUCUGAUCACAUGUAAACAAAUACUUAUAUCUUGCUAGUAUAGCUUUAUUUUUAAUAAAUGUCCAAAAGAUAGUACUACUGACCUCCUAACUAAUUAGACAGUGUUUAUUAAUUAUCCAGCCCAUGGGGUUGGAUGUGUGUAAAUUAAUAGAGCAAUAAGAUAGUCUUACAUUUCGUAUUUCCAUAUCAAUAAUGAUUAAAUUUGUACUAUACUUGCAUAGGAGUAAAUACUAGUUUCAAUAAAACUGUACUAGCAAACUGGAGAAAAGGAAACUAUUAAUUUUCAUAAAUCACCAUGCAACUAAAAUUUGAAUAAUUUUCAUAGAACCCUUAUCUUGAAAAUACUUAUGGAUUGAGCAUACCAACUUUUAACAAAAUUAAGAAAAUCAAGAGUAGACUGAAUAUAAAAACAGAAGCAAGUACACUUUUUGCAAGACAUCAAGUGCCAUAGAGCCUGAAUCAACUCAAGAUAGCUUUGAUUUAAAUAAAAGAUAACUUUCUUUUUUCUUGAUUAUGUUCUUGAAAAAAAGUUAAUUAACUACUGGAUAACUCCAAUUUUUCUCUCUCAAACAUCUCCAGUUUCACUGUAUUAGGGUUUCCCUUUUCUGCACUAGCACGAAGAAUAUAUACAGAAGACAUAAACACAUCCACAAUUCAGACAGAUAGAGAGAGAGAGAGAGAGUCUCCUUUUCUACUUACUCAAUUGCCAUGGCUCUCCUCUUCAACUGCACUUGAAGCUUCUGAGUCAGUUUCACUUGCACACUAAUAUUUAUGAGUAAAAGAUAAAACUCCUCCACUUGACGAGCAGUAGUUGAUUUUUUUUACCCAACUAGAACAAACAAACAAGACACAAACCCUUGUAGCUCAACAUUAGGGCUUCCAAUUUCCUCUUUCAAUAAAUAGGGUUUCUAAUUCCACCACAGCUACAGAUCUACUACUAUUGAAAUUCCCACUGAUCAAUGAGAAGAAAUUGAAAGGCACCUUUCCCAGUUGCACAAAAAGGGUGAAGAGGUCCCCUAGAUUGCUUAGAGCCAUGCCGGAAAUGGUGAUUUUCCUCUCUUUUUUUCACUUUUUAUUUUUUAUUUUUUUUCAGAGCAAUAUGUGCUCAACCGGACACGAGAUAAAUGGGGCCCUUCUUAAAGCACAAGAAAUGAAGAAAAUUUUGUCGAUUGCGUAGAGUUAUAGACAAAGGUACGGUUUUAGACUCCAAAAUACUUGUUUUUUUAAAUCACCACACAGCUUUUCUUGGCUCCCCACACAUGCAAUGGUCACCCACCCCUACAAAAAGCUCACGGCCCUAAUUUUAAAACUAGUAAAAUUAAUUAAUCAACCCUUUCUCACAAAAUCUCUACCAAUUCAAAAAUGUGGCACUCAUAAAGCCUUUAGUCUAAUUUUUAGGUUUGAUGCAAGCGAAUAUGAUUAGUCCAAAAAAUUAAAGUAUUUGUCAUUGUCUCUCAUUCCCUACAAAUCAAACAGUAGAGUCUGUAUCAGCAUACUAGCUAACUCUGUAUAAUUAUUGCAAAUGAAGCGUGGAAAUCCCUAAUCCAUGAUCAUAAUCUACAUCUCCAUGAAUGGGGCCUUGGCAUGAUGAAUUAAAAAAAGAAAAAGACAAGUCUUUUGUAACCCCAAUAAACAGAUCUGCUAAACAAAGGCUUUACCUGUGCGAACAUCCCUUUCCUCUACGGUUCAUGAGCCUCCGUUUCGGAGAUCUUUCCCAGCUUGAUCGCUGAAAUAAAUGCUUCAUUCCUCAAAUAUGAGGGUUUCCACUCCUCCAUCACUACAUAAUUCACACUAGCUAGGGCUCCCAACAUCUCCACAAUUCACAAACAUGUUAGGCCGGAACACUUACCUCCUCCCGCCGCCUUCCUCCGCCGACCUCGACCCCGGCGUCGAAAUCCUCCUUCACCACCACCACCACCACCACCAAUAUCUCCACCCGGAAGCCGCCUUCUCCGGGCUCUACUUAGCCGCUCCCUCGGAUGCCUACAACGGAGAGGGGUCGGGUGGUGCGCCGGUGAGGAAGCAGGCGGCGAAGAAGGACCGGCACAGCAAGAUACACACGGCGCAGGGGCCGAGGGACAGGAGAGUCCGCCUCUCCAUCGGCAUUGCGAGGAAGUUCUUCGAUCUCCAGGAGAUGCUGGGCUUCGACAAGCCCAGCAAAACCCUUGAUUGGCUGCUCACCAAGUCCAAAGCAGCCAUCAAGGAGCUGGUACACACCAGCAACAGCAACAAGAGCGACUACUCCUCGCCCUCUGCAUGUGAGAUGGUGGCUUCCUCUGAUCAACAACACGGAGGAGGAGGAGGUGGGGAUUCCAGCAGGAGGGAGGCGAGGGCCAAGGCGAGGGCACGGGCGAGGGAGAGGACGCUGGAGAAGAUGCGCAUCAAGGAGCUCGCUUCUGAUCUCAACCCUUCAUCGUUUGAAUGCAAUCAGCUUGGGUUUUUGCAGCUCUCCGGCAGGGCCACUGCUGGUUUUCGAGACCCGGUUUAUCACUUGGGUGAAGGGGCGAGGCAUGACCUAAUUCAAGAACCGCCUGUGAUCAAACGCAAGAACAAGAACCCUUCUUCCGUUUUGGGGUUUCAGCAAAACUAUAGCAUGAUCCCAUCAUCUGCUAAUGAGAAUUGGGAUCUUUUUGGCCUCUCCUCACAAUCCAACUCUUUUGAUCAACGCAAGUUCUUCAAUAGCUCAAACAUAUAGUAAGAACAAGAAGAAGAAGAAGAAGAAGAAGCUAUUUGGGAAUCCACAGGACUAAUGUUGCUCAUAUUGUGUUUAAACAAGUAGUGUAAGUUUUUUAUUUGAGCAGUUUUCCAAUAUCUGAAACCUCAAUUGAUGUAAUAUCUUUUGUCUGUGAACUUAUCUCCCAAGUAUAUAAACUAUUUAUCGGUUGAUUGUCGAA